AUGCGGUACAUCUAUUCCCAGGAGUCGCUCGACAUCCCAGAGGGCGGUACGUACGGUCCAAUUCUCCCGAAAUCGAAGGCUUGCCAGCGUGCUACGGAGCGCAAUGCGACUGUGAUAUUGAGAAGAGAUGGAGGGAGACUUUCGGAGUCGCAAGAACACACAUACUAACAACGCAAUUGCUACAGUCAAGGUCCACAUCAAGACUCGUCAGGUCACCGUCGAGGGCCCGCGCGGCAAGCUCACUAAGGACCUGGGCCAUCUUGCAGUUGCCUUCUCGCACCCCAAGAAGGAUGUCAUCAACAUUGAGCUGCAUCACGGCUCGCGCAAGAACGUCGCUACCCUCCGAACCGUCCGCACCCUCAUCAACAACCUGAUCAUCGGUGUUACCAAGGGCUACAAGUACAAGAUGCGAUACGUCUACGCCCAUUUCCCCAUCAACGUCAACCUCGACAAGAACAACGAGACCGGUCUAUGGGAGGUUGAGAUCAGGUGCGUAGGACCUGAAUGAGAACAGAGUCAGAGGAUUAGAGUACGGAUUGCUGAUGCUUUGGGUAGAAACUUCCUGGGCGAGAAGAUUGUCCGCAAGGUCACCAUGCAACCGGGCGUCGAUGUCGAGGCCUCGAAGAACGUCAAGGACGAGCUCCAGCUCACCGGCAACUCCCUCGAAGCCGUCUCCCAGUCAGCCGCAGACAUCCAGCAGAUUUGCAGAGUGCGAAACAAGGAUAUUCGGAAGUUCUUGGACGGUCUGUACGUCAGCGAGCGCACCAACAUUGUCGGCGAGUAA